CUCAUAAAUCAUUCGCAUCUCUUAGAUCCCUAUUACUGCCACGCAAGUGUUAAAAUGACCCACCCGGGUAUUUAAAGUGUGAGACUGGAGCAUGCAGAUGCCAAAGAACUCCUUUCCUCAAACCUCCUGCACACUUUCUCUCGGGCAAUCAAAAUACAGCUGCUCUGUUGUUUGGAUUCCGGUCGUCAGACUAGACUUGUUUGUCACAGUGGCGUUAUACUCUUUGCAGUCCUGUUCCUUUCUACUGAGCUGAUUUUCCAGGAUAUGGGUGAAGAAAAUAAAAUGUUAUCCCGUCCCAUUUUCCGCCGAGAUGUGGCCUGGGAUCCUUUCCCAAACUGGACACAACCGAGCCGUAUCUUUGCGCAGGAUUUUGGCCUCCCUCCUUUCCUGGAGCCUAGUGAUCUGGACUGGCUAGACUGGGCAAAGAAGAGACUGGCAUCUUUCUCCUGGCCAGGCUACACACAAAGCCCACUUCUGCCUCCAUUCACCAGUAUGCGGCCUACAGACCAGAAGGGUCUGAAACAACUGAUAAGUGGAGUAUCAGAAAUCCAAACAGGCCCAAAUUGCUGGAAGAUUAAUCUGGAUAUUAAUCACUUCUCACCUGAAGAGAUCACAAUCACAACCAAGGAGGGUUACUUACAAAUAUCAGGAACCCACGAAGAAAGGCAGGAUGAGCAUGGAUUGGUUUCAAGGUGCUUCACUCGUAAAUACAAGUUGCCACAAGGGGUUGACUUGCAGCAGAUCAGUUCAUCACUGUCUGCGGAUGGAGUCCUGUCUGUAGACGCCCCCGUCCCCGGGACAUCAAGCAGCAUCCCGGGCAAUGAGAUCGUCAUACCAGUUCAGAUCAGACAAAAGCAGGAGGAGGAAAAGUGAAACCAGGGAGCAGAACUUGAUUUAGCUCAUAUUAUGUGUAGCAACCUUUGCAGCACUGACAUAAAGAGAAGAAAAACCAGGUUGUUUUCCUGCCAUGAGAAACAAUUUGAUACUGCUCAGUGCAGUAAAGCACCACUUUAGUGUUUCAGAUCAGGCUCACAUUCAUUGGUAUCAAACAAACAUGAGUUUGAAUUAAAACUUUAUACACUGGUGUUUUAACUAAGCAGCACUAUAAACUGUCCUGAUAUCAUAUCAUCCUUAACAAAUGAAAAAAUUAGCAGAUUACAGGAUUAACAGGAAUCAGGUUGGUUUGUAAUAAUUGUACAUCCACUGAUCUGCUUCUCAAUGCAAACUGAAAAUGCUUGUCAGCUGGUCCACAAGAGGGCACUGAAGUUCUACUUAGAGUUACAUUUUUCCUCCUCAUGAGAACCACAUGUAAAUUUAGUUUCUUUUCUUCUUCAUAUAGACAUUUAUCAACAGCUCAUCUCAAAGGCCACCUGUUCAGUUUAUGUACACCUUCCAGAUUAGAGGCUUAUUGCCUCUAAUUAUUAGUUUUUUUUUUUUAAAAAGAUUUAUAAUAUAUAAAAUAAAUAGGAAUGUGCAAAAUAAAUUAUAUACAUGAAUAAAUAAAAUAAUGCUCUUUACAUACACUAAAUGGAAAAAUGCAACGUGUAAAGGAAAUUUCUUUCUUUUCUUUUCUUCUUCAGUUUUCUAUGGGACACAUUUAACUUAGGGCCACACUGACUUAGGAUGAUUCAGGCUCAGAUCUAUCUCAUAUAUCACUGGGCUGUGACAUUUGGGCCACAUCUGGCCCAUACAAUGCUUGCUAUUGCUGUAACUGAACCAUAAGUCUUUGAUCUGUCAAGCAAUCUGUAGGGGCGUCACCUUGAUUGUAUUGUAGAAGGAUAGACAGGACCCUAUCUGGUCUUUAUUGGUCUAAACAACAAAAAUUUCUAAGUAGACACGUGCACACUGUAGCUGCAUGGAAUGAGUUUAAAUAUGCCCCGGCCAGUCACAGCCUUCAGAACUAGCCAAUAAUAGAUCCUGGCAACACGUAUCCUUUGCUCUUGGUGAAGCUGAGCUUGCUACAAUAAAUGUUUUUGCAUAAAACAUUUGAGUGUCCUGACUGUUUUUCCUGCAUGAGUAAGACUUCCACA